AUUACCCGUGCGCGUCCCUUUUACCGAAAAGGCACUUUUAACUUUCUCCUAUCCUUCUACUUUGAUUAAAUUUUCCUUUUCUCCUCCUACACAAAAUACGAAUUAUAAUAGUAAUCCACUUGACCUCAUUCGCGGCAUAUUAAGUGAUUUUCCGGCAAUGUAUCCGAUCACAUUGCCUCUCUCUCACUCCAAACUCUCAUUUCCAUCUAUCAAACCCUUCUCCACCCCUUCUAACAACCUCUCCACCGCCACUUCUCAUGUCAGCUUCCGCAGUUUCGCUUCUACCAGCGAAUCUCUCAUUGCUUCCACCACCACCACCGCCGUCGCCGUCACCACCAUCCAAACCGCCAACCUCUCUGAUCCCGAUGCAACCGCAAAUGCAACGGCCUUCGUGAUCCACGCUCGCAACCGAAUCGGCCUACUCCAAGUCAUUACUCGUGUUUUCAAACUCCUCGGGCUCCGUAUCGAGAAAGCUACUGUAGAAUUGGAGGGAGAUCACUUCGCCAAAACGUUUUACGUGACCGACUCACACGGCAACAGAAUAGAAGACGCUGAGAGCUUGGAUAAGAUCAAGAAAGCCUUAAUUGAUGCGAUUGACGGUGGAGAUGAGGCUAACGAAGUGAAGAAGGUGGGGUGUACACAGAGAGGAGUGGCGGUGAGGAGGAGGCUUGGUAGUAGCAGUGAAGGUAAAGCAAAAGUGGAUCGGAUGUUCGGGUUAAUGGAUCGGUUUUUGGAAAACGAUCCGAGUAGCUUACAGAAAGAUAUUUUGGAUCACGUUGAAUAUACAGUGGCCAGGUCACGCUUUAAUUUUGACGAUUUUGAAGCUUACCAGGCUUUAGCGCAUAGCGUGAGAGACCGGUUGAUUGAACGUUGGCAUGAUACACAAAUAUACUUCAAGAGGAAAGAUCCAAAGCGCAUAUACUUCCUCUCACUUGAGUAUCUUAUGGGUAGGUCAUUGUCAAAUAGUGUGAUUAAUCUCGGUGUUCGAGACCAAUAUGCAGAUGCAUUAUCUCAGCUUGGUUUUGAAUUUGAAGUUCUUCAAGAGCAGGAAGGGGAUGCUGCUCUUGGUAAUGGUGGCCUUGCUCGUUUAUCAGCUUGUCAAAUGGACUCCUUAGCAACAUUAGACUAUCCUGCAUGGGGUUAUGGGCUGCGAUACCAGUAUGGCCUGUUCCGUCAGGUCAUAUUGGAUGGUUAUCAGCAUGAGCAACCUGAUUAUUGGUUAAAUUUUGGAAAUCCCUGGGAGAUAGAACGGGUUCAUGUCACCUACCCUGUGAAGUUCUAUGGAACUGUUGAAGAGGAAGGUUUCAAUGGAGGAAAACGUCAAGUUUGGGUCCCCAAAGAAACGGUUGAAGCUGUAGCCUAUGACAAUCCAAUACCUGGGUAUGGAACGAGAAAUACCAUUACUCUUCGCCUUUGGUCUGCUAAACCAAGUGAUCAAAAUGAUAUGGAGUCAUUUAAUACUGGAGACUACAUCAAUGCUGUUGUCAAUCGACAGAGGGCAGAAACCAUAAGCAGUGUUUUAUAUCCUGAUGACCGCUCAUAUCAGGGGAAGGAACUACGAUUGAAACAACAAUAUUUUUUUGUCUCCGCAUCACUGCAAGACAUUAUUCGGAGGUUCAAAGACACCCACAGUAACUUCGAUGACUUUCCAGAAAAGGUUGCUCUGCAGCUGAAUGAUACUCAUCCAUCUCUUGCAGUAGUUGAGGUCAUGAGAGUGCUCGUGGAUGAAGAACAUAUAAGUUGGAAUAGAUCAUGGGACAUUGUGUGCAAGAUUUUCUCCUUCACAACUCACACAGUAUCGCCUGCAGGACUGGAGAAAAUUCCUGUUGAUCUACUGGAGAGUCUUCUACCGCGCCAUUUACAAAUUAUAUAUGAUUUAAAUUUCAAUUUCAUUGAAGAGUUGAAGAAGAGAAUUGGUCUAGAUUAUGACCGACUUUCCAGGAUGUCAAUUGUUGAGGAAGGUGCUGUGAAGAGUAUUCGAAUGGCAAAUCUAUCAAUUGUUUGCUCUCACUCCGUGAAUGGUGUUUCUAAAGUACAUGCAGAGUUAUUAAAAACAAGAGUAUUCAAGGACUUCUAUGAGCUGUGGCCUCAAAAAUUUGAUUACAAGACAAAUGGAGUAACCCAGCGUCGCUGGAUUGUUGUCAGCAACCCAAGUUUAUGCGUUCUUAUCUCAAAAUGGCUUGGAACAGAAGCUUGGAUACGUGACGUGGACCUUUUAGCAGGCUUGCAAGAUUAUGUAACAAAUGCUGAUCUACAUCAGGAGUGGAAUAUGGUUAGGAAGGUUAACAAAACAAGGCUUGCAGAAUAUAUUGAAGCAAUGAGUGGAAUCAAGGUCAGUGUAGAUGCAAUGUUUGAUGUACAGAUAAAGAGAAUACAUGAGUACAAAAGACAAUUGCUCAAUAUACUUGGCAUCAUCCACAGAUAUGACUGCAUCAAGAACAUGGAGAAGAAUGACAGGAGGAAUGUUGUCCCUCGUGUCUGCAUAAUUGGAGGGAAAGCAGCACCUGGUUAUGAAAUGGCAAAGAAGAUUAUCAAACUUUGUCAUGCUGUAGCAGAAAAAAUAAACAAUGAUCCAGAUGUUGGAGAUCUUAUGAAGUUGAUUUUUAUUCCUGAUUACAAUGUCUCUGUUGCUGAGUUGGUAAUACCAGGAGCUGACCUUUCACAGCACAUAAGCACUUCUGGCCAUGAGGCAUCAGGAACUAGCAGCAUGAAGUUUUUGAUGAAUGGAUGUUUACUUCUAGCUACAGCAGAUGGUUCUACAGUUGAAAUAAUUGAGGAGAUAGGGAAAGAUAACGUGUUUCUGUUCGGUGCAAAAAUACAUGAGGUUCCAGUUCUGCGUGAGAAAGGAUCUGCCCUCAAAGUGCCUCUUCAAUUUGCUCGUGUCGUAAGGAUGGUCCGGAAUGGCUAUUUUGGCUUUGAGGACUAUUUUAAAUCAUUAUGCGACAGCGUGGAAAACGGCAACGAUUUUUACCUUCUAGGUUGUGAUUUUGAGAGCUAUCUAGAGGCACAGGCUGCUGCUGAUAAAGCAUAUGUUGAUCAAGAGAAGUGGACCCGGAUGAGCAUUCUAAGCACAGCUGGGUCUGGACGAUUUAGCAGCGAUAGAACAAUUGAAGAAUAUGCAGACAGGUCAUGGGGAAUUGAACCCUGUAGAUGUCCAUUCUGAUCUCCACUUGUCAAUGUAAAAAUUAGAAUAAAGCAUGUACUGAGGGACUCCCCAGGUUUCUGCCUAUUUAUGCCCUAUAUACUUUAGGAGAUAUAAUAAACCGUUAAAUCUUGCACCACGGAACCUGCAUGUCGUUAGUCAACAGAUGUUGGCAUGCAGUGCAGUCAAGUGUAACCGAAACAGAGUCGUGUUUUUAUCUUCAAUUACACGCAAAAGUACAGGUCCACUAAGACUAGGGGGAUCUGAAAUAAGGUUAAAUUGUAUAAUUUUUCGCAUCUGCUUUCUUCUAACACUAGAGUGUUAUUUUUUUAAAACCAUUUUAAAUUGUGCCUUUGAAAUUACA